AUGGAAAGCAGAAACUUUUUUCUCGACUCUACGAGAAUAGACCUGAAUGGCAAUAAAAUUAGUGUAGGAAAUGAAAUAUCUAUGGCAUUGAAAUUUUCUUCUCGUUUAUCAUCUUAUUCCGCUUUAGAAAAUUACAUUCGAUUAAAAUUUUUUCAUCAAACAUCACGAAAUCAGACUCGCCCUGAUCACACGAAAGAAAAAUGA